UCCUUCAGUCGUUCUCAUUGUACUCGUCACACAGACGCGGUUUCCUGCGUAUCGAUCCUGCAGCCGCUGUUGUCGACGACGUCGGAUAACUGUGUGGUUUCAGUAGCACAAUGGCGUUCGUUCAAGUCGCCGCAGGUUUUCUUUUCGUCGCCGGUUUCGCGUUCUUCGCUACCGUUAAUUCUUCUCCAACUGCGUUCAACGAGCGCGAAAUUUACGACGAAGUCAGGCAGUUGUUGGCGUUAACUUCGCGCCAAGAUGUAAUGGUUGAAGGUAGUUCUCGCGGAUUUGCUUCUGGCGAAGAUGAUAAUCGGAAAGAUGUUCAGUCAAAACCGGACGUACCAAAGGCUGUGAAAAAUUGGCCGUUGAAACCUAUUAAUUUGGGACAAGUUUCUGGAGUUGCUGUUAAUUCAAAGGAUCAACCCGUUUUGUUUCAUAGGGCUGAUAGAGUUUGGAAUGAACGCUCAUUUAAUUUCACGCAUUAUUACCAACAAGCGCAAUUAGGACCAAUCGCCGAAGCUACAGUAUUAACCUUGGAUCCCAAAGAUGGAAAGGUUAUCGGAAAAUGGGGUUCAGACAUGUUUUACAUGCCACACGGAUUAACGCUAGACAAACACGACAAUCUGUGGCUCACUGACGUAGCACUACAUCAAGCAUUCAAGUUUAGAGCUGGUGAAAAUAGUCCCAGUUUAAUUUUCGGUCAACGAUUCACCCCAGGAGGAGAUAAACAUCAUUUAUGUAAACCUACAUCAAUAGCUGUAGCAUCUUCUGGUGAAAUAUUCAUUGCAGACGGUUACUGUAACUCAAGAAUUUUAAAAUAUAACGCUGCCGGUGUUUUAUUGAGAGAAAUACCAAAUCCUCCGGAAUUUUUACCGUUUUUGGUACCACAUGCUUUGGCCCUAAUUGAAUCGAUAGAUCGCCUUUGCGUUGCGGAUAGAGAAAAUAUGAGGGUUACAUGUCCCAGCGCUGGAUUAUAUGGAAUUGAUGACAAAAGUGUGCAACCUCUUACAAUUCAACAGCCCGAUAUGGGACGAGUUUUUGGGGUGGCAGCAAAAGGCAACUUGGUUUAUGCGGUAAAUGGACCAACUUCGCAACUUUUCCCCGUUCAAGGUUUAACCAUUGAUCCACAAUCAGAAUCUGUUAUUGAUCAUUGGGCUCCAGAAGAAGGGUUUGGAAAUCCACAUGCACUCGCCGUUUCAACAAAUGGGUCAGCUUUAUAUGUGGUUGAAAUUGGACCAAAUCGAAUUUGGAAAUUCGAAUUAGUACCACCAAAAAAAUAAGCGACUUUUAUUUCAACACAGGAAAAUAAAUGGUUGUUUUAAAUUGAUUAAAAUUAAAAAGAUUAAACCGUACCAAUAAUAUAUAACCUAAAUAAUACCAAUGUGAUAAAUUCACAACAAAAAUAGAAACAAAUUUAAUUAUUAGAAGUUUUUUGAUAUCACCGACAAUAAUUUUUAUCUGUUGGUGAUAAAUGCAGGGUGACUUUUUUAUUUUUGCAACAAAUAUCAAAUGAACUUUGAGGCACCAAUAAAGAGUCAGCCUGUAAGAGGAAAUAUAGUGAUUUACACACUACAUUAAUAUAUACGUUGUAUUUUGCAAUUUGUUAUACUAAUUGGUACUAAACAAUGUAAAAUGAAUCGAACAAAUCGAAUAGUGAGUAGAAGAAAAAUAUUUUCUUUUGUUUUAAUUAAUCAAAUAUCAGAAAAUUACUGAUUGUAUUAUCGUAUUAUUAUUCUAACUAUUUAUAGGAUGUUAUUAGUAAAACUAUUUAUUGUUAUUUAUCUUUAUAUUUAAUUGAAAAUUAAAACUUGUAAAACUAUGAUUUUUAGAGACAAUAACGAAAAUAUAGAAUGCUACAUAGAA